AUGCUCAUCCUGGGGCGCUGCCACCUGUUGGCCAUCAUGGCUGUUCUCACUCAGUGUGACUUUGAGGAUGACUCCAGGCCUCUCUGCGACUGGUCCCAAGUAUCUGCAGAUGACGGGGACUGGACUCGGGCCAGUGGGCCCUCCCCAGCUGGCAUCAUUGGGCCCUCCGGAGGGUACCCUAACGGAGACGGCUACUACCUGCACAUGAACUCCAACAACUUCCGCCAAGGCGGGGUGGCCCGCCUGCGCAGCCCAGACCUAUGGGAGCAAGGGCCGCUCUGUGUGCACUUCGCCUAUCACAUGUUCGGGCUGUCGUGGGGGGCGCAGCUGCGGUUGCUGCUGCUCAGCGGCACGCAGGGCAAGCGCCCCAGUGUGCUCUGGAAGCACGACAACACAGAGAGCCCCUCCUGGAUGCCCACCACCGUCACCAUGCCAGCAGAGCUCGCCCUGCCCAGCCGGCUCAUGUUCGAGGCCACCCGGGGCAGCACCACUUACCUAGACAUCGCUCUGGACGCCCUCUCCAUCAAGCGGGGCACCUGUAAUCACAUCUGCAUGAUGCAAAUGUGCAACUUCGACACACUCAAUGAUCUCUGUGGCUGGAGCUGGGUGCCUUCGAUCUCUGGGGCCAAAUGGACCCAGAAGACAGGGAACUCGGGGGUGCCAGGUGUGGGGCCUCAGGACGACUACUCCAGCCCAGGCAAUGGCUUCUAUAUGCUGCUGGACCCCAAGAAUGCAAAGCCGGGGCAGAACUCCGUCCUCCUGAGUCCCCCGAGCCAGUCGGCUGGCUGCCUCACCCUAUCCUUUCACUACGUCCUCUGGGGCCAGUCGCCAGGCGUCGGGCUCGUCGUCCAGGCCUCAGUCAUGGGACGCAUCCGGAAACACACUCUGUUCACAGGCCAACCUGACCCCAGCUGGCAGUUCGUGUCUGUCAAUUAUACAGGCCCUGGACAGAUACAGUUCACCAUGGUGGGCCUGUUUGGAGAUGUCCCUGAGCCAGCUGUGGCGGUGGAUGCUGUCAGCAUUGCUCCCUGUGGGGAGAGCUUUCCCCAGUGUAACUUCGAGGAUGAGGCCCACCCCUUCUGCGACUGGCUGCAAUCAUCCGAGGACAGUGGGCACUGGACCUGGGCAAGCAAAGAUCUGCUCAUCCAAGACAAAAACUUCAUGAGAGACUCUCCUUACAUAGGGCACCACUACAUCUACAUGGAGGCUGACUCCUCCUCCCGGCCUGGGCAGUCUGUGCAGCUGGUGAGCCGGCCCUUCUGUGCACCGGGUGACGUCUGUGUGGAGUUCAAUUACCACAUGUACGGCCUGGGCGAGGGCACUGCUCUCCAGCUCCUGUUAGGGAGUCCUGCAGGCAGCACUCCAGUUUCUCUCUGGAACCGCGUGGGGUCACAGAGCCCUGACUGGCACAACGCCUCUGUCACCAUCCCUUCGGGACAUCAGCAGCCCAUGCAGCUGGUUUUUGAGGCCAUCAGGGGAACUAACACAGCCUUUGUCGUGGCUAUGAGUUCCAUCUGGAUCAACCACGGGACCUGCCGAGGUAAGAUGGAGCCUGAGAUCUCAGGAAGGGUCACCAAACCCACAGAACCACCUACGGUUCCUACAGAACGUCUCACUGUCCGCACAGAACAACCUACCACCCCCACAGAACCGCCCACGGUCCCCACAGAACCACACACGGUCCCCACAGAACUGCCCACUGUCCCCACAGAACUGUCCACGGUCCCCACAGAACCACCCACUGUCCCCACAGAACCACCCACGGUCCCCACAGAACCGCCCACUGUCCCCACAGAACCACCCACGGUCCCCACAGAACCACCCACGGUCCCCACAGAACAACCCACUGUCCCCACAGAACAACCCACUGUCCCCACAGAACCGCCCACUGUCCCCACAGAACCGCCCACUGUCCCCACAGAACAACCCACUGUCGCCACAGAACAACCCACUGUCCCCACAGAACCGCCCACUGUCCCCACAGAACCGCCCACUGUCCCCACAGAACCACCCACUGUUGCCACAGAACCGCCCACGGUCCCCACAGAACCGCCCACUGUCCCCACAGAACCGCCCACAGUCCCCACAGAACCGCCCACUGUCCCCACAGAACCGCCCACGGUCCACACAGAACCGCCUACUGUCCCCACAGAACCGCCCACGGUCCCCACAGAACCGCCCACGGUCCCCACAGAACAACCCACUGUCGCCACAGAACCGCCCACUGUCCCCACAGAACCACCCACUGUCGCCACAGAACCACCCACGGUCCCCACAGAACCACCCACUGUCGCCACAGAACCACCCACAGUCCCCACAGAACCGCCCACUGUUCCCACAGAACCGUCCACUGUCCCCACAGAACAACCCACUGUCCUCACAGAACCGCCCACGGUCCCCACAGAACCACCUACUGUCCCCACAGAACCGCCCACGGUCCCCACAGAACCACCCACGGUCCCCACAGAACCGCCCACUGUCCCCACAGAACCACCCACUGUCCCCACAGAACCGCCCACGAUCCCCACAGAACCGCCCACGGUCCCCACAGAACCACCCACUGUCCCCACAGAACCGCCCACGGUCCCCACAGAACCACCCACUGUCCCCACAGAACCGCCCACGGUCCCCACAGAACAACCCACUGUCCCCACAGAACCGCCCACUGUCCCCACAGAACCACCCACGAUCCUCACAGAACCACCCACUGUCCCCACAGAACUGUCCACUGUCCCCACAGAACAACCCACUGUCGCCACAGAACUGUCCACUGUCCCCACAGAACCACCCACUGUCGCCACAGAACCGCCCACGAUCCCCACAGAACCGCCCACUCUGAGGAAGUGGGGGAGGCCUGAUGGAGGCAAUGUUCUCUCCUCAGUGAGUUGCCCCCUCAAUACCCACUACGAGUCCUGCGCCUGCCUUGCGUCCUGCGAGCAUCCCCAGCCCAGCUGCCAGUCGCCCUGCCAGCCGGGCUGCGUCUGCGACCCCGGCCUCGUGUUUAGCCGCAACAGUUGCAUCAAUGCCUCUUCUUGCCAGUGUGUGUACAACAACAAUGAAUACAAGCCUGGGGCAGAGUGGUUCAGCCCCAAUUGCACGGAGCAUUGCCGCUGCUGGCCUGGCAGCCGUGUUGAAUGCCAGGUCUCUCAGUGCAAGACGCAUACCAAGUGUCAGCUGAAGGAUGGCCAGUACGGAUGCUACCCCUAUGGUACGGCCACCUGUUUUGUCUAUGGAGACCCCCACUAUGUCACUUUUGAUGGGAGGCCCUUCGGCUUCAUGGGUACAUGCACUUACAUCUUGGCCCAACCCUGCAACAACUCAACAGAUGCCUUCUUCCGAGUAACAGCAAAGAAUGAGGAACGUGGACAGGAGGGCAUGUCCUGCCUGAGCAGGGUUGACGUGACCCUGCCAGAGACCACCAUCACCUUGCUUAAGGGCAGACACACGCUGGUGGGGGGCCAGCGGGUCACUCUCCCAGCCAUGCCCUCCAGUGGUGUCUUCCUGGGUCCGAGUGGACGGUUUGUGGAGCUGCAGACAGCUUUUGGUUUGCGGCUCAGAUGGGAUGGCGACCGCGAGCUCUUUGUGACCGUGUCCAGCACCUACUUCCAGAAACUGUGCGGCUUGUGUGGAAACUAUGAUGGCAGUGACAGCAACGACAACCUGAAGCCAGACGGGCAAGCAGCCCGCAGUGAGGAGGAGCUGGGCAGCAGCUGGCAGACAGCCCUGGAAGGGGACAAGGAGCAGGUCUCUUCCAGGUGUCAGAAGAACCAGGCAAAGCCCCCGUUCUGUGACAAUGCCCUGGAGACCAAGAUGUUAGGACCGCAGUUCUGUGGCCAACUUGUCGACUCCCGCGGAUUGUUUGAGAUGUGCCUGCUUCACCUGAAGGCCCCGUUCUUCUUUGGCAACUGCGUGUUCGACCUGUGCAACUUCCAGGGCCUGCAGCUGAUGCUGUGUGCCCACCUGUCAACUCUGACCGCCACCUGCCAGGAUGCCGGCUAUGCUGUGAAGCCCUGGAGGAAGCCCCAGUUCUGCCCACUGGCCUGCCCACCCAACAGCAGAUACUCCCUUUGUACCACACCAUGCCCCAAAACCUGCCACUCGGGGUACACAGGCAUGUCCUGCCCAAAGCGCUGCGUGGAAGGCUGCGAAUGCAACCCUGGCUUCAUCCUCAGUGGCUUGGAGUGCGUGCCCCAGUCCCAGUGUGGGUGUCUUGACCCCUCCAUGGGGUACUUCAAGGUGAGGGAGCAGUGGUACAAGUCCAACUGCACGCAGCUUUGCAUCUGUGAGAACAACAACAAGUUCCACUGCCAGCCCUGGAAGUGCGGGGCCCAGGAGGAGUGCGGCCUGCGGAACGGCAUCUAUGGCUGUCAUGCACAAAGAACCUCCACCUGCACUGUCUCAGGCGACCCGCACUACCUGACCUUUGAUGGAGCUUUGCACCACUUUAUGGGCACCUGCAACUAUGUGCUGGCUCAGCCCUGCAGGCACAAGCCUCGGGAAAUUGCCUUCGUCGUGAGCGCCACCAACGAGAACCGCGGCGGCAACAUGGAGGUCUCCUACGUCAGGGCCGUCCAUUUGCGGGUCUUUGACCUCAAAAUCUCACUGGUCAAAGGCCGCAAGGUUAUGCUGAAUGGCCGUCAGGUGGCCCUGCCCGUGUGGCCCUCUCGGGGCCAGGUGAUCAUCAGACCUAGUGGCAACUUCAUCCUCCUCUACACCAACUUUGGCCUUCAGAUCCGCUAUGAUGGGAACCACCUGGUACAGGUGACUGUGCCCUCCUCCUAUGCCGGCCGCCUCUGUGGGCUGUGUGGCAACUACAACAACAACAGCUUGGAUGACAACUUGCGCCCAAACCAGAGGCCUGCCAGCAACUCACUGCAGCUGGGGGCUGCCUGGAAGCUGGAGGAGGGCUCUGAACCUGGCUGCUUCAUCGCGGGCGGCAAGCCCUCCAGCUGCAAGGGGACCAACAUGGGUGACAUGUGGAACAAGAAUUGUGAGGUCCUCAGGAACCCUGUAGGGCCCUUCUCUCAGUGCCACUCAGUGGUGCCCCCAAAGGCCAGCUUCAUCAGCUGCGUGCAUGGCCAGUGUGGCACCAAGGGCGACGGCCUGACCCUGUGUCGCUCCCUGCAGGCCUAUGCGGCCCUAUGUGCCCAGGCCGGCCAGCCCCUUGGCUGGAGGAACAGCACGUUCUGCCCUCUGAAGUGUCCGCCCAACAGCAACUACAACCCCUGCAGCACCCCCUGCCCAGCCACCUGCCUCAGUUUGAAUGUCCCCAAGGACUGCCCUGUCACACUGACCUGUACUGAGGGCUGCGAAUGCCAGAAAGGCUACGUUUUGAGUGGAACCUCCUGUGUGCUUCUCAGAGAAUGUGGCUGCAUGGACACGGAUGGCUCCUACCACUCGGUCGGGGAGAGCUGGUACACAGACAACACUUGCACCAAGCUGUGCACCUGCUCCCUCCUUAACAACAUCACCUGCCAGCCAACCACCUGCAAAGCUGGCGAGCAGUGCUGGCCGGUGGAUGGGCUCCUGCGUUGCCGGGCUUCUGGCAUGGGUGUAUGCCGGAUCACAGAGCCAUCCCAGUACAUCGGCUUUGAUGGCAUCAGCCACCCGCUUCAGGGUACCUGUACCUAUGUCAUGGCCCAAGUGUGUCACCCCAACAUGGACCUGCCAUUCUUCAAGGUCAGCGCCAAGAAUGAGAAGUUGGAAGGCAGGUCCAACACUGUCUACCUUCGCCAGGUUUACAUAGAUGUCUCCAGUUCCCUGAUCACCCUGCAGAAGGGCAACAGUGUGUUGGUAAGCAGGAUCAACGGCAACCAGGUCAGCCUGCCUGUCACCAACCAGAUUCCGGGGGUCAGCAUCACCUCGAGCAGCACCCACACCAUGGUCAGCCUGAAGAUCGGAGCCCAGAUCAAGUUUGACGGCCGCCGCAACUUAGAGAUCAUAAUCCCCGCAGCCUACUAUGAAAAGAUGUGCGGCAUCUGCGGAAACUACAAUGGGGAGCCGGAGGACGAACUGCUGAUGUCCAGUGACGAGCUAGCUGACAACGACCUCGAAUUUGUGAAGAGUUGGAAAGAUAACGACAUUGACCGAGAUUGCCAGAAGAUCCAAGAAGAGGAGAGGAAGCCCCCAGUGGUACAGCAGGCGAGCGAGUCCAGGCAGCAGGGCAAGUGCGGGCCAGCCGACUUCCAGAAGGCGAAGGAGCGAUGCCAGGCAGCCCUGCAUGGCCCUGGCUGGGCAGAGUGUGCCACCCGUGUGGACCCCAAGCCCCUGGUGCUGGGCUGCAGCAACAACCUCUGCCAGCUGGGUGGCCUCCUCCGUCCUCUCUGCGAGGCCCUGAAAGCCUUUGGGACCAUGUGCCAGAACAAGGGGCUCAAGCCCCCACUCUGGAGGAACAGCACCUUCUGCCGUGAGUGUCCCCCUGAUGCUCUGGAAUGUUCCGCCUACAGCACCUACACCAACUGUCUUCCCACCUGCUCACCUUCCUGCUGGGACCUGGAUGGCCGCUGUGAGGAGGGCGCCCAAGUCCCUUCCACCUGUGCCGAGGGUUGCAUUUGCAAGCCUGGCUAUGUGCUGAGUGAGGACAAAUGUGUGCCCAGGAGUCAGUGCAGCUGCAAGGACACCGAGGGCGGCUUCAUCCCUCCGGGCAAGAGCUGGAUGUCAAAGAACUGCAACCGGAAGUGUACCUGCAAUGGUGGCGUCAUUCAAUGUCACGCCUUCCACUGCCCUGCAAGGUCCCAUUGCCAGCUCAAUUCCAACAGCGACAGCUACUGUGCACCUGACAAGUCAGAUCAAUGCACAAUCUUUGGGGACCCACAUUACCGCACUUUCGACGGCGCAAACUACAUCUUCCAGGGCCGUAUGACCUACGCUCUGGUGAAGACGGUGGACACGCUUCCUGACGGGGUGGAGCCCCUGCUCGUGGAGGGGCGCAACAAGGUGUUUGUGCCCCACACCAAGAUCUUCGUACGAGAGAUCACCACCUUUGUCUAUGGCUAUAAAGUCCAGCUCCGGGAUGAUCUGCUGCUUGUGGUGAAUAACCAGAAGAUGGCAGUCCCCUACCGGCCCGAGGAGCGGCUGCGGGUCACCCUGAGGGGCCAGCGGCUCUAUCUGAUCACUGACUUUGAUGUGGUGAUCAGCCUCAAUGACAAGAACAACGCAGUGAUCACCCUACCCAGCAUGUACCAGGGGCUGGUGCGCGGCCUGUGUGGGACCUAUGACCAGAACCGCAAGAAUGAGUACAUGUUGCCCAGCGGCGCCCUCACCACCGACAUCAAUGUAUUCGGCAACAGCUGGGAGUUGAAACUGGAUGACUCGCAGCCCCUCUUCCGCUCCCCCAGAGCCCUGCGAGAGGAUGCCCAGGGAGAAGAGAAAGAGCCAAGCUCUCCUGAGCCAGAAUGCAGCCAGGAGCAGCUGACGCUCGCCAACAACACCCAGAACUGUGGGGUGCUGAUAGACUCCCAGGGCCCUUUUGCUGCAUGUCACCAGACCGUGGACCCCAAGCCCUUCCACAAGCACUGCUUGUUGGAUCUGUGUGUCACCCAGGACCAAAAAGUGCAUGAGGAACUGCGCUGCCGGAUCCUGGGCGGCUACGGCAUUCUCUGCCAGGAGAUGGGCAUCGCCCUGGCCAGCUGGCGUGACCACACUCACUGCGCCAUGGUGUGUCCAGCCAACACCGUGUACCAGAGCUGCAUGACACCUUGCCCUGCGUCCUGUGCCAAGCUGUUGGGCCCCCAGGACUGCGAGGGCCCCUGCGUGGAGGGCUGCGCCAGCCUCCCUGGCUACGCCUUCAGUGGAGCCCACAGCCUCUCCUUGGCUGACUGCGGCUGCACCAGCAACGGUGUCUACUACCAGCUGGGCCACAGCUUCGUGACUGCCGACUGCUCUCAGCGCUGUACCUGUGCCAGCUCGGGGGUGCUGCUGUGUGAGCCUUUCAGCUGCAGACCUGGGGAGAUCUGCACCCUGGGCAACCUCACCCGGGGCUGCUUCCAGGAAAGCCCAUGCCUGCAGAACCCAUGUUGGAACGAUGGGCGGUGUCGAGAGCAGGGGGCCAGCUUCACCUGUGACUGUGAGCCGGGCUACGGAGGGAACCUCUGCACGGAGCCCCGGGAAAUCGUGCCCCGUGCCAGGCCAGACUUGUCCAACUUGGUGGCCGUCAUGCUGGGGCUGCUGGCAUCCCUGGCAGUCCUCGGGCUGGUGGCGAUCAGAAAAUGCGUCUCCAAAAAGAAGCGGCGGUUGAGGGAGAAGACAAAGAGCUCAAGCCGAGACUGGCUCCUAGGCACAGGGGAUCACCAUUCCCGGCGAUCGGUGCGCUGGCAGCCAAGAGCCCGGCCCACCUCUGACCCAGGUGUCUUCAAAACUACCCAGUUCUGA